AUGACACAGGGCGACUCCUCCAUCGCCGAGUACUGCAGCCGCAUGAAGACCCUUGCCAACGCCCUCCGCGACAUCGGCCAUCCCAUUCAGGACUCCCAGCUUGUCCUGAACCUCCUCCACAGCCUCAACCCGUGCUUCUCCAACACCGCUAGCUUCUCAUCCUUCGCCCAGGUGCGGGACAUCCUCGCCUUGAAGGAACUUCGCCUCGCCAACGAGGAGAAGAUCUCCAACUCCACCGCCCUCCUGACCGGGAACUCUUCGUCAUCGUCCUCCUCCUCUAGCUGUACGGGCGGGUGUCACCCGCCGUCUAGCUCUGCUCCGACUGGCGUCGGCGGCGGCACCAGUGGUGGCACUCGCGGCGGUAGCAACGGUGGUCGCAACGGUGGCGGCAACGACAAGAAGAAGUGGCAGCAGAAGAAGGGCGGCAACGGCUUCUAG